CAUUUUAUUUAUUUACUUUAUUUUCUCGUUUAAAUCUAAUACAAAAUGCCCAUUGUAGUGAAAACACAAAGUGCCGGCAAAGGCGAUUGGGCCAUCAUAGAGCUCCAGGGAGACCUGGAAGUGAGGGCUAACCAGGACAUGCAUGACCAAUUUAUAGGCGAUCUUUACUACAACAAAUAUGGCCAGCCUAUCCUUAUCAUUGGACACCACAUCCUGCAGGGUCGUGAACAAAAGCUGGAGAAACCCUUUGCCGUGCUGGAAAAGUCCAAAACUAAUGACGGUGAGCGGCUCCUGGACACGAGCCUGGCUCCCACGCAGGAUGUCAGCAUGCUGAAUGCCACCACUGGCGCCGAGAGAACCGUACUGGAUCACACCAUAGCCCAGGAGCACAAGAGUCGCCAGAGAACAGAGUACACUGUCCGAGCUGUUUGCACCAAGAAGCUUAUAUUCAAGUCGCGGCCCAAACCUAUUAUAGCGAAUGUGGCCAAGUCAGUUUGAAGUAAAUCCAAUAAAAUAUAUUUAUUCUCUUAAAAAAGUUA